CAGAGACCCUUCAAAAUCUGAGGACAACAUGAAGAGUAUGCAGAAUGUUGAAGUAAUAUGGAGAGGAAACAAGAUUAGUGUAGAGAUUGAUUCUGGUUCAACUCUCAAGGAGCUCGGGCACGAACUGCAAAGAUUAACUAAUGUCAAAGCAGAUACGAUGAGGCUAAUUGUUCCACAGUUGCUUGAUAAAACCUCGAGGUUGCUGUCUCCAUUCUCCGAUGAGCAUGGGCACCUGAAUUUACGAGAAACUUCAAUCCUUGAGGGGAGGUCCAUUAGAAUGAUGGGAGCAUUCGAGAAUGAGGUAGAUGAAGUUCUACAGAACUCAAAGGCAAACUUAAGGAUAGCAGGAUUUGAUGAAGAGGAAAAGAGAUUGAGGCAGAGAAUGUAUGAUGGGCCUCAUACUUCCCUGAAACUUCCACAAGGACCUUAUACCUUUAGUGGUUUCCGCACACUUACACUUCCAGGAAUUGAGUUGAACCCUCCAGCAUCCGAGGCCCUGAAAAUAAUGCACAUGCUUGCUGCAGAUCCCGGAAUUGUAGCUAUCAUGAAUAAGCAUCACUGGCAUGUGGGAAUCAUGACUGAGAUGGCCCCAGUCGGUUAUGUUGGCAUAAGUCCCAAAUGCAUCCUCGGUUUUAACAAGAAUAAGGGAGAGGAGAUAUCUCUGCGUCUUCGGACUGAUGACCUCAAGGGUUUCCGGAAAUAUGCAAGUAUCAAGAAAACUCUUCUGCAUGAGCUUGCUCACAUGAUAUACUCUGAGCAUGAUGCAAACUUUUAUGCUUUGGAUAAACAGUUGAACCAAGAAGCUGAGAGUUUAGAUUGGACGAGAUCAACGGGUCACACACUAAGUGGAGCUAGGUAUACAGAGAGUUAUGAAGAAAAUUCCUAUGUUGGAGAGAGAAGUAAUUCUUCUCACAAGCUCGGAGGAAAUAUGCCUGAUCAACUGGCCAGUGCUCGUGCAUCUUCAGUGGCGGCUGCUUAUCACAGACUAGCAACUGCUUCCGACAAUAGCAUUUCCGAGGUACAUGGACAGUCACAUCUUGAUGGGUCUGGGUUCCAUGUGCAUGAAGAAGACGAGCCUAAGAUAUUUUCAGAUAAAAGGGACAUGGAGGUUGAAAGUUCUUACACAGUUCAGAGGCAAAAUGAUCUGGAGCCUGAUCCUGAUGACUGUUUUGCCAAUGAGAACAAAUAUGAGCCCAGUCCUGAAGAUUCACAAGGACCUGAUGAAUCUUGCACAAAAUCUACGGGACGGAAGAAAAAUGUUGAACCUGAUCCUGAUAAUCUUGAAGCUUGUUUGAAAUGUGGUAUUGUGGCUGAACCUGAACCCAUACACCCUCAGGAGAUGGAGAUUUUAAGCAGCUUUCAACCAAGGAAUCAAGUAGACGAACCUGAUCCCGAUGGUUACGAUGUAAAACGAGAUGAUUUGGCAUCUAUUUCAAAUGGAAAUAUCAUAAGACCUGACCAGGAUGAGCCUGUAGUUACUGAAAUUACAAAAUAUGAAGACAAUAUGAGGAAGGCUUAUGAAGAACCUGAUCCGGAUGCCUCUAUGUCAGAUGGCAUUAUUCAACCAGUAUCUCAUUCUGAUGAUAUUUUGGUGCUUCCAAAUGAAAUAUCCAGUAUGCAGAUCGAUGAACCAGAUCCAGACAAUCAAGAAAUUCAGAUAAUUCAAGACCCUGUUACAGCUGCUUGUAAACGUAUCCAGAAGACCAUUGAGAUGUUGCAAGCUGAGGUUAAUCCCACACAAGCUACCACAGUCCUUCAAACUCUAUUUAAGAUAGUAAGGAAUGUUCUCGAACACCCAGCUGAAUUGAAAUACCGAAGACUGCGCAAGGCUAAUCCCAUGAUUCAAAAGAAUGUAGCAAACUACAAAGCUGCCAUGGAAUUUCUGUCUCUGAUUGGCUUCAAUGAAAAUGUUGUGGAUGAAAUUGGACGAGCAGAAACUUAUCUCGUGUUGAAGCGGGAUGAUCCGGGCUUGUUGUGGCUUGCCAAGUCUUCCCUUGAGACAUGUAUUACUGUUUAGUCCAAAUAUCUCAAUUUUCAGUGUCUGAAGACUUGACAAAAGAGAAGUCUGCUAUCUGUAUCUCCUUUGUAUUGCGCUUGAUGCACUGCUUAAAUAUUCUACAUGCGACAUUGUAACAUGUUUGUUUAUGUAGAACAUUUUUAUGUAAUAUAACAUGUAAAUUGUAAAUGAAAGUGGCUGUUAUAUAUAGAUUCAGAGUUUUCAGACUUGUA